CUCACACCCUCUGUACUCAUCACACUGCUCAUCAUGUUCAGACAACUCCCUCCUGUCUUUGUUGCUUCCAGCCUGACCGUGGCUUCCUCAAAUAUUGAAGCAAAAUACUGACGCCUGAAGAUAAGCCUCACUGGAAUAUAUCUGGGAGUAGUCAAGAGGAUUUCCCUACUCUAAAUGUGUAACUGAGGCGGCCUUCAACGAUGGAGUCUUCUGAGUUUUCUUCGCUAUCAUCCUUAAGAGGAGAAUAUGCAUUACAUGGGGAUUACAUGCAGCCCCACUACAAGGAGUCCUAUCGACUGGCCAUUGACUGUCUCCUGAGCGGGGGCAGGGACAGUUAUGCUGAGUUCCUUAAAGGAGAACGUAUCGGGAGUUUCCUGUCUGAGGAAGAGCUCGGCUUCAUCACGACCAACGCCAAGCAGCUCCCACCUCAGAACCAUGUAGAGGAAGUCACUGAACCGACGGACAGCAGUCAAUCAUCCUCUGGAACAUACUGGCCUCUCCACUCGGAUGUGGACGCUCCCAAUUUAGACUUGGGGUGGCCGGAGGUCACGCACGAAAACCUACAGACCAACAUAGAUCUCCUUUAUCAUCCCCCAAGACAGAACAGCCCCUUCAUUAAAGAAGUCAUUCUUAAGCAUAUCCGGGAUGCAAGACAGGUCAUCGCCAUUGUGAUGGAUAUGUUCACUGAUGUCGACAUUUUCAAAGAAAUUGUUGAUGCAUCUAUACGGGGAUUACCUGUCUACGUGCUUCUGAACGAUUUCCACCUGAAACAUUUCCUCACAACGGCUGAAAAUCAAGACGUUAAAAUUCAACAACUGAGGAACAUGAGGGUACGCACUGUGAAAGGCGAAGAAUAUCUGUGUCGGUCAGGGACUAAAUUUCAUGGGGCAAUGGAGCAGAAGUUUAUCUUGGUGGACUGUCAUACCGUGAUUUACGGCUCCUACAGCUUCACCUGGUCAUGUGGAAGGAUCAAUCUGAGCAUGGUGCAAGUUAUCACAGGGCAUCUGGUGAAGUCUUACGAUGAGGAGUUUAGAACGCUAUACGCAAGGUCCACCGUGCCAGCUGAGCUGUGCCAAACAGAGGGUUCUCUCCCCUCCAAUGGUCCACAUGAUCUGCUAGUCUGGCCAAAAUAUUCUUCCCCUUGUAGCCAAAUCCUGGACCGUCGGGACCAGUUGAGGCACACACUGGACUCCGUCUACCGGAAGACCUGUGAAAGGAAUCUGCAUGAAGAUAAUCAACUUAGGCCUUUGAUAGAGCAUGACAUCGGUUUGCAGAAGCACAUGUCCCAGCUUCAGUCUGCAGAGACAAUCGACUACUUGAAAAGGCACAGCUAUGCUGGAGAGAGACAAGAUGGAUACGUCCCACAGAAUAUUCGAGGCCGAGCAAGUAACUGGAAUAUUACUCGUGAAACAGCAAUCGGGAUGAACCACUAUCCAAUGGAUAAUAACUAUUUAGUGCCGCAGAUGUACAGGAGUCAAAAGCUUCGUAAGUCCUACAAUGGCAAUGACAAACAGAUUCUAUCCCUGCAGCAGAACAUGCCAACGCUGGAAAAAACAUCCAAGUCAUUCAUGCGCACAUGGAGGAUUGAGUCAUACCUGAAAAACCCAGAUGGAGAGUCGGACUAUUUGGAUCAAUUUGAUCGACGAAUGAGGUCUUCCCUUGCUUUUAGGCCGACCAUACCGGAGCAAAUGGAACCCAGCACACACAUAAAAAACACACCUUCUGUAGGUAAUGCUUCAACAUCGAUACACAACCCUUUGCACUACUCCUCGCUUCAAUGGAAUCCAACUGACAGCAACAGAUUAAACAACGAGGAAUUCAUAAUGAAGAGAAAAAGCCUGCAGAUUUUGGAGGACUGCAGCGGAGCGAAAAGCUCUUAUCCGUCGUCAUAUGCCAGUUUAGGUAGGGUGAAACGUGGGCAGAUCAUCACAAACCCUGACCUCCUCACAAACAGCUGGAAUAAAAGGCACAGUGUGGCAGAUCCCAGAUCAAACUCUGCAUACACGCAGGACUCCUCCAGUGCUAUGUACGGUGGUUUUGCUAGAAUGCAAAUAGAUAGAGGCACGGCUGGAAUCAAGCAUGGAGUAUAUGGCUCAAAUCUCAUUGAGGAUCAGAGGUCCAUGUCUCAUUAUGAUGUCAAGAGCCCUAGCACUUCCAGUUGGCGGCAGCAGCCUUCUCGGACCGUGUCGGCUGCUACCCUGGUUAGGGACGGUGAGGAUUUGACAGUUAAAUCCAGCCGAAUGGGCUCUCAGCAAUUUCUAAAGAAGAGCACCCAGAAGAUAAAGUCCUUUUUGAACAUACCGGAUAAAAAAGAGCGCCAAGCGAGAACAAUAGAAACGCCGAGUGUGACAUCAGAGGGCAGCACGGACACUAUAAAAGCUGAUGAUGACAGCGCCGCCGUUGAAAGUGAGGUUAAACUUCACCAUAGCAACUCAUCCAUCGGGCAAUAUGGAAACCACACGGCAGAUGAGAAGUAUUCCAAACCGCGAUUUACAACUGAGGGGCACCGGAAAGCACCUCAGAUGCCUGCCUCUGUAGCACAAAAUGAGGCUGACAUCUCUGACAAGAACAAUGAGGUACCUGGUUGGAGGAAAGACAGGAAAACAGACAGUCGCUUGUACAGCAGAUUCGAGCCUUUCUGUUCAGUUCAAAAGAAGCAACCUUCACGCUCUCCAGUCAACUCUCUGGAGAAAACCAAAACCAAAGGUGAGGUAGCCAAUGACAUCAGCCUCGCCCGACUGGGGAGAGGCCACCACGAAAAUAAGCUUGAGAAAUUCUUUCACAGAGUGGGAAACCUCAUCCACAAGAACAAGUAGUGGACUUUGAAUUGGUGUCUUUCUAACGUGUCACGUGUUUUUUACUCUCUGUACCAUUGACAGACGUCUUGAGAAACUUUGGACUGUCCAGUCUGUACUUCCACAUCGGAUUCGAAAUCCAUGCCGUAUGCUAAAAGCCGACAUUUUAAAAACAUAGACCAAAGUCUUUCUAAGCACUUUUGGGAGUGAGGCCAACCACAGUGGAGUGGGCGUCCAUGGAGACAGGCUGUGGGUGUAAUAAAUUAAAACGACCAGUUUCACAGGAAUCACGAAAUCCAAAGAAAUACAGCUGAAUAGGUGCAGAUUCUGGAAGAACUAUAAAGCUUUGUGUGCCGGUUAUUGUGUGUAGCUGCUCUAUGGGAGUCCACAACUCAAUACAAAGGCCCAAAAUUUGAGCAUAAUGGGUCCCCUCUAAUAAUGAAUCAUACUUUGCGGACAUUCCGCAUCGUGAUCAGGUGUGGAACCAAUUAAGCGGAUGACUGUAUCGUCAAAGCAUUUUGAAUUGCCUGAAAUAGUGAUAUAAAUAAUAUGGAGGACUAAACAGACCACACCGAUAUGCAGAUAUGGGAACUCCGAUGAACCUUUUUAUGUUAAAAUUGCCUAAGAACUUUUCAAAGUUUAUGAGCUGUAUAAUGUUUCAUGGCGCCUUUGUCUGAACACAGACGUGAGAUAUCAAAAGACAUGUUAAGAUGUUUCUGCAAGACACCAGGCCAUCUGGAAGGUAAUUGUUAUGUAUGUAAUGUCCAUAUGUUCAUUGUAUUUGUACAGUACUGUUGUAUUUACAUUGAAAUGCUUCUGGCAAACACUGUUUACAUUAUUCAAUUUUAUGGCGCACUGAUUCACCGUACAGCACGUUUAUCUGCAGAAACGUAGAGAGACCUGUAGAAAACCCACAACUUGAAUUACCACGUUUCACGCAGUAAGUAAGUCAGACUGAGGUAUAAUCAAUCCAUUCAAGUAGUAGCCGACUUGUGUCAGUGUUGAGAAACACUGAGUGUCAAAAAAAUAGCAGUAAUUAAAAGUCAGUCGCCAUCCUUUCUGUAUUUAUCAAGGGUUUAUGAAUAUAUAUUUUUUCUACUGUAUUCAAUUGCAAUGCCAAUGUUUGACUAUAAAUGCAUAAUUCAACCUGAACAAACUGUACUGUUUAAUUCAAUGAGUAGUGCACAUUUUAAGUGCGUUCUAAAUGCACAUACAUAGUAUGUACAAAAGGUGUGCAUAUGAAUUUACACAUCAGUAGCCAUUUAAGUGUUCAAGGACUCAAGGGGAUGGGUGACGCUUGUGCAAGGAACAUUUCUGAAUAGCAUUACACGCACAGCAUCAACAAUAUAGCAUGAAGUACCCAAGUGAAAAUACUGUAUUGUGGAUGGUGCAGUCACAGUAUAUAAACCAGACAUGGGCAAAUAACAGCACGCGGGCCACAAGUUUGAUAGAAUUUUGUACAUGCACAUUUUGUUUAGCUGUUGUUUUAAGAAAUCUAACUUGAAUAAAUGAUGUUUUUGUUAA